AUGGCCUCUGGCUGGACUUUUUCUCUAUUUGCCUCGUGCAACCCCGUGGAGACCUGCUGCAAGGCCCACUACUUAUAUGGACGUGCCCACGAGCGUCUUCGCAAUCCGGAGCUUCACAACUACGACGGCACAAACGAAGAAUGCAAAAGUUGCUUCAACAAGUCCUUCUGGAUCGCCCCAUGCAUCGGCUGCCACCAAAUUUACCACACCCGCCUCCUUAUUCGUGAGAAGUACGGUAUUGAGGGAAGCAAUGGAAAGGACUGCGCCACCUCAUACUUCUGCUCCUGCUGUGCCCUCAAGCAGCACGACUCCGAGAUCGCCCAUCGCAACGAGAAGGGAACGGAGAAUGUCGACAAGACUGGCUACAAGCCCCAGCCCAACGCCAUGAUUAUGCCUGAAUGA